AAACAGCAGAAGAAGAAAAGUGUUGUUAUUUUAGCAAUGGCGGCUAACCUUUAAUGGCGUGAAGAAAGCCAGACUGAAGGACUUUUUUGUGUCCUAAAGAUAAUAUUCAUCAUAAUAAUUAUAUUACUAACCUUCGCUGGCGUGAAUAAAGCGAGACUUAAGGACUUGUUUGCGUCCUAAAGAUAAUAUUCAUCAUAAUAAUUCUAUUACUAAGCUUCGCUGGCGUGAAGAAAGCGAGACAAGAGAAGACUGAUAAGAUAAUAUUCAUCAUAAUAAUAAUACUACUAAUAUUGUUCAUCGUCAUGCCGCUGGGUCUGAAGCCGAGCUGCUCGCAGUGCAAGAGCAACUCUUCGUCCAUGUGGAAGAAAGGCAGCCAGGGCGACAUCUUGUGCAACAACUGCGCGGUGAAGAGCAGCUUCGUGGCCGCAGGAACUUCCUUCACCUCCGCGGCCUCUGCUGGAGCCUCCAGUGGGUCCGCAGGCAGCCCCGCCAUGAAGCAGUGCAAACAGGAGAUCCACAGAAGGUCAGCUCGCCUGAGGAGCACCAAGUACAAAACUCCUGCGUCUGACAAGAAAGUUUCCACCAAAGGCAAAGGGAGAAGACACAUUUUUAAAUUGAAGAAUCCAAUCAAAGCUCCAGAAUCUGUAGCAACCAUCAUCACUGCAGAGUCUGUCUUCCAUAAGGGUGUGUUCUACCAGAUCGGGGACGUGAUCAAGGUGAUUGACGAGGAGGACGGAAAGUCGUACUUUGCUCAGAUCCGAGGUUUUGUCCAGGACCAGUACUGCCAGAAGAGUGCUGCUCUCACCUGGCUGCUGCCCACUCAGGCCAGUCCUCAAGACCACUUUGAUGCUGGGACCUACAUCCUGGGUCCAGAAGAAGACCUGCCCAGGAAGAUGGAGUACCUGGACUUCGUAUGCCACGCCCCCUCAGAGUACUUCAGGUCCCGCAGCUCACCUUUCCCUACACUGGCCUGCAGGGCAGAGAGAGGCUACAUCUGGACUCACAUCACACCCUCACCUGGCAGCACACCUGUGCUGGCCCUCAAGGAGGCUGUGGGCGGGGCCAGUUAGCGGUAGCACCUGCUAGCUGACAUGGACCUUUUGUACAGUCCUGUUCCUGGUCCUGGUCCUGGUCCUGGUCUCACCUUCAUGGCUCCAGCCAGACCCAGCAGUCAAAGACCUGCAGAUUUAAAGUGUUGUUGACAAAUACAUCAUGUAAAUGUUUUGUUUACUAGUAAACAAUGUGUGUUGUUGACAAAUACAUCAUCUAAAUGUUUUGUUUACUAGUAAACAAUGUGUGUUGUUGACAAAUACAUCAUCUAAAUGUUUUGUUUACUAGUAAACAAUGUGUGUUGUUGACAAAUACAUCAUGUCAAUGUUUUGUUUACUAGUAAACAAUGUGUGUUGUUGACAAAUACAUCAUCUAAAUGUUUU